AUGGCGUCAAUGGCGAGUCUCGGCAUCUCGACCGGAUUCACACGUGCGUCGAUGCCGCUCAUCCGCUGCGUAUCGUUCGCUACAGUGCUCCUACUGCUACUGCUGUGUAGCAGAGCCCAGCAAGCAUGCAGCCUGGCUGUCGCCCUUACACCGACAGUGGAGCAAAGUACUGCCGCGUUGUCUGACCAGUUGUGGCUACUCUCAGAGUACGCAAUCAGCAAGACAGCUGCGUUGGUGCCACCCGUUGAGCAAAUGGGAGUGACCCGUGAGGAGCCUGAGGCCGCCAGAUCCUUCGCACAUCCUGAAUCGAAGAUGUCAACCACCACGUUGGAGGAACCAACAACGACUACCACGACGGAGGAACCAACAACGACUACCACGACGGAGGAACCAACAACGACUACCACGACGGAGGAACCAACAACGACUACCACGACAGAGGAACCAACAACGACUACCACGACGGAGGAACCAACAACGACUACCACGACAGAGGAACCAACAACGACUACCACGACGGAGGAACCAACAACGACUACCACGACAGCGGAACCAACAACGACUACCACGACAGCGGAACCAACAACGACUACCACGACAGCGGAACCAACAACGACCACGGCUCUUCCCACUCGCUCACCCAUCACCUUCUCUGUUGGAGCAUUGGCGGGUGUUGUCGCGGGGGGCAUUGCGGUCGGUAUUUUCUUUGGUGUUGGUGUUACGUUGCUGGUCAUGUGCUGCCCCUGCUUCCUGCCGUGCUGCAAGCGAGGCUCACAAUCCGAGCAGGAGGUGGACGAUAAUUUUGCGGAGGCUCAUGAAAUGGCAGAGACGGGCUGCUCCGGAAGCUCAGAGUGGAGUAGUAAACACGAGAACGGUGUUAAGGGGAUCCAGAAUUCUGUCAAGCUAUUCAACGAGAAUGUUGCGUUCGUUGCCCACGACGACAACAACGUGAAUCCACUCGCGCCUCCCUUUGUCCCCAGCCCGAAGAGCGCGCCGCCGCUCGUCGCCGGCGACCCAGCACACGUCAAUACCUUCAACAACCGCCCGUACAUCCAGAACGGCAUCGUGCCGUGGACGGGCCGGCCGCCGGUGCUUAGAGGUCCGCAGCCUGCGUGUAUGGUUCCUACCAUCACCAAGGAAGGCGAGGUUAUUCCACGCGAACGGCGAGUACUCCCUGGCCUCGGCCUCUUUGAGACCCCGAUCAUUCCGAUCGCUUUGCCUGUACCGUCAUUGCCGCCACCGAAGACGGGGGCCGCCGCCGCCGUCGCCAGGGCAAAGGCGCUCUUUCAAUCGAAGGUGCUUCGUCAGUUCUGUGGUUCCGCAUCGGCAGAAGAAGAGCAGGCAGUCGCAGAGGCAGCCAAGAGGGACCAGCCAGUCAUUCAGUGGUUUCACCGCCUUGUAUACUUCACGGCACUGGCCAACUCCCCUGAGAUAUCCGGUCUUGAUGAAUCAGACACUGACAAGAGUGAGACACAGUAUGCCGAUGAAGACACAGCCGCUGUCGUCGUCGCCGUUCCGACCUGUACUGCCGAUUCAGGUGCUUCCGAUGGGGCACAUGCAAAACCUCCUCUACCCGCAACCGCUGGUACUCCCCAGCUGGCGCCUUACGCCGCUCUCGCCACACCAGGCAUGCCCCUCACAGCCAUGCACUACGCAAAUUCGCAGUACCAGGUCCCACCAGGAUUGUAUGGUGCACAGUAUUACCCAUUGACACACCCACAGAUGCCAGGGAACACUUCAGAAAUGAUGCUGCGUGGCUCCCUGUACGAUGCCGACCACCUCGUAGUGCCUGCGUAUGGAAUGGGCGGCGGCGCAGUAGGCCAUUGUCCAGCGCCUGGCGGACAUGGAGGCACCCAUGCAGCUGCUGCCUCCGGCAGCGGCUACAGCUUCCUCCCCUCGUCGCAGAGAUUACUGUCACCGCAGGCGCAACCAAAUCAACAGGGGUUGUCCUUAGUUCUGCAGCAGACGACCCUCUCGAAGGCCUCGCGGAGCUCCGUCCCAUCCACCGUGCCUCAUUAG